CUCGCGUUGCUGCAACUUUUGUUUGUACCUUUUCUUUCGAUAUGUCCGUGGCUAAAUCCAAGCUUUAUAGGGGCUGGAGAAAUCCAUUCUAUCAAUGGUGGACCGAAGGACGACGCCGGACAGAGAAUCCACGUGAUCAAGGCUUCUUCCACCGAUCUUUGGGCGUCCACGUGGAGCUACGCCGGCCGCCUUGCGUUCCCCAAUAGAGAUGUCUGGUCGAUUGACCCGACUGUACUGAAGCUGAAUGGUAACAAUUAUGUGAUUUAUUCGACUCAGGACAGUGGCGCACAAUGCCUUUUCAUCGCGUACGUUGAACGACUGUCUUCUCUCUCAUUACUGACUCCAUUCUAUCGUAGCCAAUUGACGAGCCCUACCACGGUGGGUUGGAACGUUAAUGAAGGGCCAGUGGCAUUAUAUCGAAACAAUCGUACUUGGGUCGCCUUUUCUGCAUCCUUAUGCUCUGGAACCGGUUAUAAGCUGGGACUCCUCGAGUACAUUGGCGGAGAUCCACUGAAUAGUAGCUCCUGGAACAAGUACUCUCAACCUGUUCUGCAAAGUGCAAACGGGUAUACGAUGGCUCAACCUGUAGAGUGGAACAGUGAUGGUACUCCUCGCUUCCAACCUCCUGCUCCUCUGAGCAGCAAUAUUCCCGAACCUGUCUAG